GUGCACGUAAUCGCCAUCGGCGAAACGUCUCGUAGUAGUGAACGAUUUAUUUUUUGAAGUAGUUUAUUCUUAUUGCUUAAAAAAGAUAUGAAAAUUGUUAUAAUUACCUAAAAUUGUGCCAUUGAAACUUCUGUGUUUAUUGUAAUGCUAGUGUAUUAUCGCAAUUAGACGUGAUUGCAAGUGCAGUGCUUGCCGAUUCAGAUUGGUUUUAAAGCCUGGUGAUUUUCGUGUUCUAUUAGUGACAACGGCCACACAAAACUCAAAAUGCAAGCAAUCAAGUGUGUAGUUGUAGGCGAUGGUGCGGUGGGUAAAACAUGUCUCCUCAUCAGUUACACCACAAAUGCCUUCCCCGGAGAAUACAUACCGACAGUAUUCGACAACUAUUCAGCGAAUGUGAUGGUGGACGGCAAGCCCAUCAACUUGGGCCUGUGGGAUACGGCCGGCCAGGAGGACUACGACCGCCUGCGACCGCUCUCCUACCCACAGACAGACGUCUUCCUUAUAUGCUUCUCACUUGUCAACCCAGCGUCAUUCGAGAACGUUAGAGCCAAGUGGUACCCUGAAGUACGGCAUCAUUGCCCCUCAACGCCCAUCAUCCUGGUCGGCACCAAGCUGGAUCUGCGCGAGGACAAGGAUACCAUUGAGAAGCUGAAGGAAAAGAAACUCGCGCCUAUCACCUACCCACAGGGCCUAAGCAUGGCAAAGGAGGUGAACGCGGUGAAAUACCUCGAAUGCUCCGCGCUGACGCAGAAAGGCCUCAAGACGGUGUUUGACGAGGCGAUCCGCGCCGUGCUGUGCCCCGCGCCCCGCGUCAAGCCACCGAGGCGGCCCUGCCAGCUCCUCUAAGUCAACAAUCACCCAACAGAUAGUGUAGGAAGAGAUGAAUGCCAGUGUAACAGCUCGCACAGCUGUACAACAUAACGCACCAACAGAUCCCUCUCAGUUUUUCACUGAAUGCAAACUGAGUUAAUUAUCUUCAAAUGUACUACAUGACUACAAUACGCAUUCAAUGUUGUGUGAAUUGGUGUGUGUGAGCUCCGUAUGUAUAACGCUUUUUUAUAUAUGUACAGACCGACAGACUUAUCUGACUUGAAGUCUAAUAAAACUAAUUUGAACUGGUGAGGGGCGCUGCUAUCGCGGUUCGUUUUGUCAAUAUAUAAAACCUACUUUGGAUAUGACAUGACAGCUAUAGUACAAAGAGGAUCUUGACAUUUUUUGACAUUGACAGGAGGGUGUUAGUGAGCUGUCAUUUAGUUUGACUUAUGUCUAACUAGCCUUGUCGGUAACUCAUUAACGAUCAUCUGUCAAUGUCAAAAACAUGUCGGAAGAUCCUUGUCGUACUGUGACUGUCUUUUGUGUCAUAUUCUAUGCUUAACUCGUUGAGCGCCACGUCAGUCAUCGGUGGCUGACAUUAGAUUUUUCGUUUAGGUCGCUUCAACCAUCGUGUAACAUGAGAACUAUAAAAUUUUACACUAUUUUUCGUUAAAAAUGUAAACUAUUUUGUACUGCAAUCGGAAACACCGGCUCUUUAAUACCAUAAUAAGCGGCGCUCGUGGCCUGAACGGGAUUGUCUUAGAACGCGUGGCGAUCAACGUGUUAAGUAGUAUUUUCACGGGGCCAGAUAAAUUUGUCGGACUAUAAUCUGUCAAAGUCUGUCUGUCACUUGUAUAUAUUAAAAUAAGGGCAUUUACAAAUUGAUGGUUGCAUUCGCUUAUUAAAUGUGAAUUAUUUUUAAUUUGUAAGUGCUAUAUGUCUUGUACGCAUUGUAUUAAGUCUAACGCAUAAAAAAUAUUCUGAAAGUUCCAAUUAUUAAAAUAAUUUGUUUAUCUUUGCCCUAAGAUACCUCUUUCCUCUCAUGUGGUCUAUCAAAACACUAUUAUUUCAGUUUUUUUUAAUUGACUACUGAUAAAAAAAUUAACAUCUAAAUGAAAUUAAUUUGGUUAAAUAAAAUGAGUUUGGAUAUUAUCUGGUUAGGUUUUUGAUGUAACAAAAUAUAUAAAUUUUGUCAGAGAAUUUAAUAAAAAACUGUUCCGAGACAUAAUCAAAUAAUUUUUACUUUGUUAUUAAAAAAGAUAAUUUCAAUAUUAAGGUGCUUUUUAUUUCUUGCAAAUACAUUCCUAGAUUAUAAAACUCACUGUUUACCCAAUAAUGCGUUACUGUCGCAAUGUUAAAAUUGUCUUUCUUUGGAGUUUGUUAAAGGGGAUUGUUGAAAAUUUUGUUUUU